GAAAAACGGAUGUAAAUAAAGUUCCAGUCAGCCAUGAGUUAUCCUAGUCAUUCCAGAACAUACAGAAAUUCGCAAGGAGCUGAUAUCCGACGGCAAGGAAUGAGAUCAGGAGGCUAUGAGUCGUACAACGAUGGAAGCGAAAUAUCGAAGGAACUGGAUCAAACUGGGCAACAAGCAAAUGACGAAACUUCAUCCAGACAGCAAAGGUAUUACGCUUAAUUUAAGCACAGGCUGAUGAUAUUUGUAUCUGAGAAACCUUUCUUCCUGUUCUCCCUGUAACUAAGAUCCGAAUUUCAAAGUGCCUUGCCGUGUAUGGCAGUCGAAAUUUUCUCGUAUCGGUGAUUGCAUAAAUACAAACGUCCAUAUUCCUCGUCUUCUUCCCCCAAUCGCUACCCUUUUUCGCAUAACCUACCCGAAAGCGAAGAAAAUUAGACUGCCGGACACCGAGUAUUUUGAAAAUUCUGUCUGGCUGAGAUGCCAGAUAUAAGCUUAUGAAUAACUGAAAAAAAAUUCGUUUUAUUUGUGCUCGUAGAAAUGUCGGCUUUACGAUGUUUAGACCAAACGAAAGGAAGAGGGCACAAAUGGAGCAAGGUAUUGAAAGUUAACUUUUAAAAAAGCCUUUGAAACCUUGAAAUAUUGAAGCUACGGAAGAUUCAGUUCCCAGCUUGGGGGUGGGGGCGGGGGUGAGGGCUGAAGAAAUGCACAAGCCAUGAUACUCUUAAAAAGAUGGCCUUCUUUGUAAAAUUUUAGAUAAUUCUUUAUCAUGUAAUAAUUUUACAUAAUUCUUCACUUAGUGGCCAAAAAGGAGAUGGAAGAAGCAGAUGCUCGCCGUGAAGCUAGACGAUUACAGUAUGUUCAUGAAAGACCCAGCAGAGUGGGUGGUGCUGGAAAUUAUCGUACGGCUGUAAUGCAGAAACAAAAGGCCGUCAAAGCUGCAAGUAGUGGACUGGAAAUGCAGGUGAAUUGUUUUGGUAAUCAGCUCCCAAUGUCCAACCAGUCAUUUAAAUUCAAGUUCAAAUUCAAUUUAUUUCACCCAAAUGACUAGUUCUAAGUUACAGUCUUUAUAGGGGCUGAUUUCCCUAAAAAAGGGAUCUUUGUGACACGCCCCGCUCCUACAUUUUCAAGAGUACCCUCUCUCCCCUCUCUCUAUCCUGCAAGCAAGCUCUGCACUCCCUGCAGGCAAAUACUUCAUGGCUGAAUGCCAGAUACACGACAAGCCCACAAUGCCUUGCAGCAAUGCCCUUGCAGCUUCACUGUUUAUUCAAGUAUUCUCACAUGACUUGCUUUACUCCCCUUUUAAAAUGGAGAGCUUGCUUGCCGGCUAGGUACUCCUGUCAAUUUAGCAUUGGGUUGUGCGGUAAAGAUUCAUAUUUUACAGGAAAAGAUCCCUGCUCCUUCCCCCCUCCUCCACCUGGAUCACUACUACCCUCUCAACAAAGAACUGUCUUAAACCUCCCAUUUUGGGAUUCAACACUGCUUAUUUACAUCCCUUUUCAGACCCUGUCCAAGUGACCACAGUUAAGUUUCACCUAUGGGUGAGAGUGUGUGUUUUCUCUCCAUUCCUGCUAAAAAUAACUGCUUUCUGUUGUAGAAAAAGCGUGAAAAGUGGCAAAGAGAAAAGAGAGAAGCUGAGGAGAGAGAAAACAGAGAAAGGAAAGCAAAAGCAAGAGAGCAGGUCAGUGUGUAAGGCAUUUUCCUGUUAUAAGGUGAUGCCUCUUGUUGCCCCAAACUUGAUUGCUGCCUAAAAGCGAGGCCCUGUUAGUAUAAAUUUCCGACAAGCGACGUGGCCUUGAAACAGCGACAUAGGACAGCCGAAAUGGCAAGAAACGACUCAAACACAGGUGAAACUGAUAUGGUGACAGAGAAAAGAGAAAUGGUUUAAUACUGACAGCAACAUGGCUUCAACCUCAAUACAUGAAACAACAGGUUUUGAAAUUCAGACUUGGGACAUACAUAAUCCCCAAGGAGAGCCGCAAAAGGUGAAAUCACUUUACUUCAUUAAAAAUUGAGCUUUAAGCCAAAAGAAAAGAAUGGCAAAUGAUUUUUUUAAAGAAACGGUCCAGAUAAGAACGAUAGCAACAACAGCAACGAACACGUUGGAAUGCAAAAAAGGUGGUUACUUUGCUGUUGUCUGUACUUAGUUCUGAUUGGCUUAAACAGCAAAAGUUAACAAAACUUCAUAAAGCAGUACACAUAUUCAUCCUUACUUUCCAGCCAUCUUCCAUAUAACAAAAUCUGGUCUCAGUUUAAAUAACAAAGAAAUCCUGUGUGGGGAACAUGUAAAAUUGUAAACUCUUCUUGGCUAUUGUUUUCAACUCUUGUGAUUGGUCAAAAUCUUUUUACACAAAAAAACAUCCUUAUUGCGUAAACGGCCUUCAUGUUGGUUUAUGCAUUCUCUGUGUAAAAAGGAGAACAUUCCUAUGUGGGGAAAGCACCAUUGCCGCAUAACAAAAGAAAUUCACGUUACCCGGAUCAUUACUUAAGUAACUGGUGGUUUUAUCCUGAUUGCUGGUUGUAAUGCUUAUGCCUGUGUCACCCUAGAUUUGUUAUUGUUUUCCUUCCAUUGACCUGGACGCAGUGGGGCAUCAAACUCUCAAAUAACAACAUCAUAAGCCAUAAGCACAUAACUUUGAUGAAAUAAAAUGUUCUUAUUUUCAAAGGCUGAAAGGAAUGAACUUCGCAGAGCUUUAAGGACCCAGGAAGCAGAUGAAAGACAUAAAGAGGCUCACAGACUGUAAUUUAGUCUUUUUUGCUUGUGUGUUUGUUUGUUGGUGACAAUUUAUUUGACAGUGAAACCUUAAAGUGAAACCCUUAUCAAAAGGGCACCUUGUAUAAGCUCACACAAGCAACAGUGAGUCCCAAACUUUUCUUCUCAUAUUUUCUGCUAAAAAUGACCGGUAUUAAGAGGAAUUGCCUCUAUUGAAUGAAAACUUGUUAUAAUCCUGUAGGAAACAGGUUACACCAUACUUUGACUUUGAGUUACUGCAGGCACAAACUCAGCCUGAGAAACCAGCCAACAUUUUGCAACCCUACUAGGGAGGUAGCCAGCUUCUCGACUACAAGGCUGUCAUCAAGAGGUGCGGACCAGGGAUUUCCCCCAGCUACUAUGAAUGCGGCCCUUGGCUACUUUCAUAGAAAAAUAGAAGAAAAGUAGAACCAAAAGAAACCCCUAGCUGUCUGAUUCCCCGCGUACUUGUUAUAUUUACCCGCCAACUUAAGUGACAACCCUGCGACUAGUUAUAGGCCUGGCUGACUUUCAUUUCCUCAUAUCCUGAAAAUUGCACGCCUGACUAGUAUGCACUGACCUCACCAACACUUUGAGCUCUUACACUUUUUAGCUCACCCUCAACAACGCAUAAUUUAUUACAAGCGGUAGAGUGAUCAAACCAAAAAUUUUGUAGGCCCGGGCCUACAGGUCUAUGGGCUGGCUAUGCCCCUGCCUAUAUAUUUUUUAGCAACUAAUAUAAUUUGCAGUCUGUCUACUUUGAACUGGUUUCUCCAUGAAAUGACAUUUAAGAAUAGAGGGCCAAAAUGCCAUACUUAUGACACAUCACUAUGCAGAUCUGGGUAGUGCUUCUGAAACACAUUUCUUAUGCAGCUUGACCCAGAUCUGGGAAGUGACAUGUCAUCAGUAUGGAAUUUCGGUGCUUGUUUCUCAGACAUCAUUUCACAGGGAAACUAUUGCAAAAACCUAGCAAACUGUCAGCUGUUUUGUCAGGCUAGCGCAAACCUCCAUGAAUUUUUUCCUUACAGGAAAAAUCAAGAUUUUCUUGACAGUUUGGAGCGAAGGGGGUGAUACAAUGGUGAGAAAAACACUUCUUAAAAAACUAUUUCAGUGAGGUGUUGGAAAGUCAGUUCUGAUUUUUUUUUCUAACAUGUCAUGCUGCUAAAAUAAUAAAAUUAUGUUUAUUUCCAUUUCCCUACACAGGUUACUGAAAAACUAAGCUGGAAGAAUAAAGUAGAAGAACUUUAUGCAAUUCCAAAUUUGUAACAAAAAGAAAUACAUAAAUACAUGUAAAAAGACCACAGCAGAUAUCGACGGAAAUCACAAAUAACAAAACUUUCUAGACUAUACUGUCAGUGUGUACUUUUUACAGUAGCUAAUGUUGGUUGUGUAGAUUUUUAAUAAUAAAUUAUUACAGUUGUGAAGGUUUUUCCUGGGCAUUAUAUUGAGAUUUCCACAGAAUGAUUUCUCCUGAAGAACAUCAGUUCAAAGCGAGUGAAGAAUCCACUUUAUGCAGUGAACGUCAUUAUAUGGGAGUCAUCACCUUGAAAACCACAAUUCUGUUGAGAAACAGAGAGUUUUAAGGUUACAAUCAACUGAGGAAAUUAUUACAUGUUUACAUUAAUACUUAACCUAUUAGUUUCUUAAAUCCUUUCUCUUUUUAAAAAAAAAAAAAAAAGUGAAAUUAUAAUGCUAAGUGAGACCACCCUGUACAAGAAGCUCCAGAAAACAGUUAGCUCCUUUAAUAGUACCAUGGGUAGAAUUCCUCUCAGAAUUAAGAUCCAAAAGGAUCCUAACCCAAAAUCCUCUAAAAUACUAUUCAUUCCUGUGUAAGAACCUAAAGGCAGGGCUGUCAGUAUCCUGCACCACAGAUUUAACUAAACUCUGGUUAAGUCCAUCUGCAAAAAUCCUUGUUCUAGGCUCUAGCUGUGUAUUGGGAUUUGAGGGCCUGUUAAAAAGCCAUAAUUUAUUGUCAGUUUGCCAAUCAGGUUGAAUGAAAAUUCGAAAAUCACCUCUGGUAAUUCAUUGAGUCCACUGAAGGCCCAGAACAAGGAUCUCAACACUGCUUUGCAGACUGGGGUUAAAUUUACAUCUGCAGUGCAGGCUGGGCUGUCAGUUAGAUUCCAAGUUGCCAGAUAAUUGCAAUUAUUAGGCAGAGAAUUUAACAGUUAGGAAGUUCUUAGGUUCUAUGAAAGUGUCUGGGUGUCAGGCUCAUAGUAGCUGGGGGAAUCUUGGCACUUGCCUUUGGUGACAGCCCCAUGUAGGACAGUUCACUCAGGUUCAAAGAUAUCAAACUUUAUACAAUCCAUUUUGAACCUCUACAAUAUGAACACCACUGUAUUCUGUAAAGAAAACAUAUGGCUCAACACCUUUGGUGUCUCUAUAUAGGAAGUUUGACUGUAAAUACUGCUAUUUG